AUGCUACGGCGCCGUCCUGGCGACGGACGGCGGUCCGCCCAGCAAAAUAGGCUGCUACUCGCAUUCGCCAUCAUUCUCAUUCCAUGGCUCCAGCUUUCCGAUGCGCAUGAGCAGCCUCAGCCUCCAACCGUCCAUUCUGGCUCGCCGCACGCGAACCACGACUUACACAACGACAAGGUAUCCGUUGAUGAAUCCGCCCGCUGGGCUUCUUCGUCCAUCGAUGCCGUAACCAGUCAGGCGACCAAGGCCUCCGACGCCUCUACCAAGACCCGGUAUACCGCCCGGAGCUCCAGCCGACAAAACCAAAAACGUCACAUCAUCAUUCCCGACGAUGAGAGCGCCCUUGCAACUUUAGCUCCGGCCAAGCCCGUCCGAGCACCAAGACCCCCCAGCGAUCUUCGACCCCGUAGCAUUUCAGCCUCAGGGUUGACAGCGCCGCACAAUGCGCGGAACCUGGAGGAUUGGGAAGUGGAAGACUUUGUUCUUCUGGCGACCGUCGAUGGAGAUUUGUACGCCACCGACCGUAACACCGGUAAACAACGCUGGCACCUCGAAGUCGACCUACCCAUGGUCGAGACCAAACACUACCGUCUCAACAACUCCGUCCUCGACGACGAUUACAACCCCGUCGAUCACUAUCUCUGGGUCGUCGAGCCCAACUCUAAUGGCGGCAUCUUUAUCUGGCGACCCGACCCCGGCGCCGGACUUGUCAAAACCGGCUUUACCAUGAAAAGCCUGGUCGAGCAACUCUCCCCGUACGAGGAUGUCGAGGGCCAAAUUGUCUACACCGGUGACAAGAAGACCACCAUGGUCACGCUUGACGCCGCCACCGGCCGAGUUAUCAAGUGGUUUGGUUCCAGUGGCUCCCACGUCAACACCGACGACUUUUGUCGCCAAGCUAACACCUUUGACGAUCGCAACAAUGAAGAAUGCCUCACCACCGGGACCAUUACCUUGGGCAGGACCGAGUAUACUGUUGGCAUUCAGGGUUCUGAUGGCCGCCCCAUCGCUACCUUGAAAUACUCCGAAUGGGGCCCAAAUACCUUUGACAGCGACCUCUAUCUCCAGUAUCACAAUUCUCUGGACAAUCGAUACAUCACAAGCCAGCACAAUGGCAAGGUCUACGCAUUUGACCAGUCGAACAAGGAAAAGACCACUCCUCUCUUCUCCAACAAGUUUGCCGCUCCUGUCGCCAGCGUAUUUGAUGUUUGCCGUCCCUGGGAUGCUGUUAGCGGCAGCAACCCGCAGCUUGUCGUUCUUCCUCAGCCGCCUAUGCCUGCUCGUGACAAGAAUGAGAAGCAGAUGCGUUUGAACAGCAUAUUUGUCAAUCAGACCGAGGCGGGCAGCUGGUAUGCCAUGUCUGGACAAGCAUACCCUCUGAUCAUCAGCGCGCCACUGGCUCAGAUGGCAAGCCCGGAUUGGUGGGGCAUUUCGCCAUCGUCGGACACCAUCAGCCAAUCUCGCAUCAGCAAGGCCCUUGUGGGUACCCAUUUCUUGGAGUCGAUCCGGGGAGAUAACAAUCAAUUCCGGAGCUUGCCCGAUAGGUCGGCUGAAGAUGUCGUUGACCAGCUUGACAUCAAUACUGCAUCGCGAAAUGACGCGGCAGCCAUUACUGAGGAGCCCACAAUUAUCACCAAAGUCAAAUCGCUUCCCCAAAGCCUCGCCAAUAGUAUACAUGACUUGGUGAGGAAUCCAUUGGUUAUUGUUAUUAUGUUUAUCUUUCUCGGCUUUCAGCACAAGAGAUUUCGUCGCUCUUACCACAGGCUCCGGUCCAGAGGUAUUCACAAGGGACUAGUUGAGGAGGUUCAAACUCUCUUGUUCGCAGAAACUCUCCCAGAGGAUAAGGAAGACUACAAUACUGGAGAAGUGAAGCGCACUCUCAAGAAAGCCGAGGCUGUCGAGAUACACAAGGAAAAAGAUGUGAAUCCAGCCGAUGAAGAGGAUCAAGAAGCUAAGACUUCUGAGUCUGCUAAACUCGAGAGCAAUGGCGUUGGCAUGCCUGACGGACAAAAGACGCCCCAGUCAGGAGGUAACAAGGAGCAUAAAGCCCUUGACGAUGAGACGAAUGAGGAUGGCCUCGAAACCCCUGCCAAGGGCAAGAAAAAGGCCCAUCGCGGCCGACGUGGUGGAGUGAAACACCGCCCCAAAAAGCAGCGCGAGAACUCGCAGUCUCGCGAUGAUGACCUCGCUGCCUCGACUGUCGAAGAAGCUAUCAAGAAUGCCAAGCGUCUUGGAGACACACCCAGCCUUCAACCUGACGUCAUGACUGUACACAAUGACAUGAAUGCCGUUACUAACCCAAUCAUGCGCAUGGGCAACAUCGAAGUUAACACCGAAGUUCAACUGGGCACAGGAAGCAACGGCACACUCGUUUUUGCUGGGCGCUUCGAUGGUCGCGACGUUGCAGUGAAGCGCAUGUUGAUCCAGUUUUACGAUAUUGCUUCGCAGGAAACCAGACUGCUGCGUGAAAGUGAUGACCACCCCAACGUCAUCCGAUACUAUUCGCAGCAGAUGCAAGACGGCUUCUUGUAUAUCGCGUUGGAACGAUGCGCAGCAUCUCUAGCAGAUGUGGUCGAGAGGCCGCAUGCCUAUCGAGAGCUGGCCAAUGCAGGCAGGAUGGACCUUCCUGGUGUUUUGUAUCAAAUCACCAAUGGUAUCAGCCAUCUGCACAAUCUUCGCAUUGUUCAUCGCGAUUUAAAGCCUCAGAACAUCCUCGUCAAUAUGGGCAAGGGCGGCAAGGCCAGAUUGUUGGUUUCUGACUUUGGUCUGUGCAAAAAGCUUGAGGGGGGUCAGUCAUCUUUUGGGGCGACGACUGGCCGCGCCGCUGGAACGUCUGGUUGGCGGGCACCAGAGUUGCUACUGGAUGACGAUGCACGCGAGAUUUCCAUGGUCGAUGCUAGUACGCAUAGCGGCUCUGGCUCGGUUCUUGUGAAUGAUGGUCUCAUGCCUGGCAGCCGUCGCGCGACGCGCGCUAUCGAUAUAUUCUCACUCGGUCUUGUAUUUUUUUAUGUCUUGACUAAUGGUUCUCAUCCGUUCGACUGUGGGGAUCGGUACAUGAGAGAGGUCAACAUUCGAAAGGGCGAAUACAAACUGCAUCUGCUCGAUUCCCUAGGUGAUUUUGCUUCCGAGGCCAAGGACUUGGUUGCUUCCAUGUUGGAAGCCGAUCCCAAGAGGCGCCCUCCCGCGCGCGAGGUCAUGGCACAUCCCUUCUUCUGGUCCGCUAAGAAACGACUGGCGUUUCUAUGUGAUGUGUCGGACCACUUUGAAAAGGAGACUCGAGACCCCCCUUCGCCCGCCCUCCUGGAGCUGGAGCGUCACGCCCCCGAGGUGACUCGAGGCGACUUUCUCAAGGCCUUGCCGCGAGAGUUUGUCGACUCGCUUGGCAAGCAGCGCAAGUACACGGGCUCUCGCCUGCUGGAUCUGCUGCGCGCCCUGCGCAACAAGCGCAACCAUUAUGAGGACAUGUCGGAGAGUCUCCAGCGCUUUGUCGGGCCUUUGCCGGAAGGCUACUUGAGUUUUUGGACUACGAGGUUUCCUUCCUUGCUGCUGUCGUGUUGGAAUGUCGUGUACAAUGUGCGGUGGGAGGAGACGGACCGCUUCAGGGAUUACUAUCAGCCUGCGGGGCUGUAG